CGGAGUGUGUGUGAGUGAGUGAGUGAGAUCCUGAAACGGUUCACCCGAGAAACAGGGCACACUGGUGACUUUCAUGGCAAUACAUAAUAACCCACCCAGAUGGGCGCCUCCUCGUGAAAUCAUUCAUUCAUGUCUACUCCGGCGAUGCUGGACCGACGCGAGAAAGGUGCUGUUGUGUGGCGUCCCUGGAACCUCUGGAAACCAAUCAGGACUCCACUACUGCACCUGUUUAAGCUGUUGAUCUCGCCUGGUCCCUCCACACAAAUCAUAGGAUGUGGCAGUCUGCACAGAGGAUCACAGACGGUGGGAACAGAGCACCUCUAAGUGUUUUUCUAACCUGGGAGAGGCAUUAAUAUCAGGUGGUUCCCAACUGCACACACUUUGCUUGGUAGAAAGUCUCACUGUUAUGUGAAAAUGAGUGACCAGAUGGAACUGCUGGUGCACGGCACCUCAAACCUGAUCGCUGAGUUGGACAGCAGAGUUUGUCCAGAGGACAUGGAGGGAUCCACCCCAUUCCUUGGUGACACUGCGAUAUACCCUUCGGAAGAGUUGGGCCAUGGGGUGCAAGGACUGGAGGUGCCUUUAAUCCCACGACCACCGGUGAAACCGAAGCCUCCGCGGCAGAGCCGGCUGCUCCGCCUGCACUCGCUGGAGAGCAUGAAGGUCAACCGGAGAGCAAAGGUCAGGAGCAGCCAGGAGAGCUCUUCGGAACCAGUCGACACCGACUCAUCGUGCGGCUCCCACUACGGAGAUUUCUCGGGCUCCCCCUUGCUGGGUCUCAAGAGGAGGUCUGCAGCGGCUUCCCAGAUGCUCUUGUCUCGAGGUAGCAGCAGCAGCAGCAGCAGCAGCAGCAGCCUGCGAGAUUGUGAGAUCCGCAGAUCAGCCGUCAGCAUGACAGAGUUCUGGAACAGCCCUCCCCACCUGGAGCCCAAAGGACCUGCCAUUGAUAAACCAGUGCCAUCGGGCAGGAGGAAGCUGCCCCCAGUGGUGCACACCAAGCUGCUCCCUCCCAUUGCUGUAAAUAUAGAGUCGUCAGCACUAAGGACCAGUAAUCGCAUCGACCUGGAUUAUGUGGAUUACAUUCAAGCAGCUGGGAAGGUGCAGUCACACCAGCAAAACCAUUUUCUUAGCCCAUCUCAAGGCACCGAGGACAGUCAAUCCUCUAUUUCCAUGACUUCUUCAAGCAGUGUCAUGGUUCCCAUCCUUUCAGAGGAUCUUCGGAGCAGGAGUUACAUGGACAGUAAUCUCCUGGCCGGCGGAUCACUUUUGGGAGCCAGUGAAUUGCAGCGUUAUUUUCCUAACAAAAUGAUACAAGUGUAUAUUGCCACCUGGAACACGCAAGGCAAGAAGGAGUUUCCGGAUUCACUGGAGGAUCUGCUGCUGCCCUCCGACUCUCAAUCCAUACAUGACCUGUAUGUCAUCGGUACUCAGGAAGGAAUCCCAGACAAGAGAGAGUGGGAGAUCCGCCUGCAGAUGAUCUUGGGGCCUUACUUUGUAUUGCUGUGCUCAGCAUCACAUGGAGUGCUGCAACUAUCCGUGUUCAUCAGGAGAGACCUCAUCUGGUUCUGUUCAGAGGUGGAACAAGCAUCUGUGACAACUCGCAUCAUCUCCCAGGUCAAGACGAAAGGAGCUGUGGGGAUCUCAUUCACUUUUUUUGGGACAUCCUUCCUCUUCAUUACUUCUCAUUUCACCUCUGGGCCGGGGAAGAUUUUUGAGCGGAUGCUGGACUACACUAAAACAAUAGAAUCCCUUGGACUGCCAAGAAUCAUUCCCAACACCAAUCAGUACAGAUCUAACCCAAAUGAUGUGACCUCUCGGUUUGACAAUGUUUUCUGGUUUGGUGACUUCAACUUUCGGCUGGAUGUGAAGCGAGCAGUGAUCGACGAGCUCCUGGACAGCAACAGCCAGGAAAACCUCUGCUCCAUUUUACACUAUGACGAGUUAACCAGGAAACUACAGGAGGGGUCUGUUUUCAAAGGCUUCAAAGAAGCUGAAAUAUGUUUUCCACCCACCUACAAAUUUGACGUUGGAUGUGAUGUAUACGACAGUAGUUCCAAGAAAAGGACUCCCUCUUACACGGACAGAAUCAUUUACAAGAAUCGGCAUAAAGAUGACAUUCUUGUGGUUAAGUAUGGCUCCUGCAGCUCUAUCAAAACCUCGGACCACAGACCUGUCUACUGCUUCUAUCAAGUAAAGAUUCGACCCGGAAAAGACAACAUCCCAUUGUGUGCCGGUCAGUUUGACAGAGAUAUCUACAUCGAGGGAAUAAAGAGACGGUUCCCCAGGAAUGCGAGUCAAUGUAGUUCAUUGAACCAGAAGAACAGCACAAUCUGCAGUGUCUCCUGACACAACUAGAACAGGAGCCUUUCUUAAUCUGCACAAUCUGUCGCAAUGCAACAGAGAGAUGCCUCAACAGUGCAGCACCAUUGCAAAGGGUGCCGAGCACAGGGCUGACCUUGCACAGGAUGGAAGCCCAUGCAACAGUCACAGAGCUGCCUUCAGGUGCAAUGCCGAAGGAUGAAGAACAGCGUGCGCAAGGGAACCGUGCAACCCAGUAAUAAGUGGUAGUGGUGCAUAGAUCAGUCCAUGAUUAUUACCUUUGUUUUAUAUUUUAUGGCUUUUUGUAUUUACAACACAUUGACAAUGUUUGAUAUACACCAGAUUUUUAUGAACUAAAUGUGGGAACUUGAAAA